UGGUCCCCUUGUGCGGCCGCCCCGGCUGCUUCCUGCAGCGCGCAGGUCUUCCGGAGGGGUUCUUGUUGUCGGUGGUGCGGUAGGUUUGUAAAUACCGAACUUUUAGGGGGGCUGAAGAGAGGCACCCCGCUUUCCAUCUCUCCCCGACCCCGAUCCAAUAAACAGGACUCCGCUUCCCGCACCCGACAGCACUGCCGGGGCGAGGCUGCAAGACGAGGCAUGGAGCCGCAGCCGCCCAAGGGAAAGAGCCAAGGCCGCCUGCUGCUGUCCUCCACGCUGGACGCGAAGGAUGAGCUGGAGGAGAGGCUGGACAGGUGCGCGGCUGUCGUCACGUCGUUGAUCAGCGGGCUGUCUGAACGAGAGGCCAACGACGCCCUGACCGCACACGUGUGUAAGGGUGCUCAGCAGCAUGAGGAGGUGUGUCUGGGACUCUUCUCUAUCCUGCUGGCAGAGCCGGCACAAGCACAGAAGGUAGGUCACCACGACCAGGACUGUCGCCAACCCUGACCGUGCGUCCGAGCCAGAGUCUUCACAGGGGUUUCUAACUAGCAGAACAG